CGUGUGCCCUGCUCCUGCUCCCGCCUCCCGCCUCCCGCCUUCCGCGUCGCGCGAGUGUGCGGCCUCAGCUUGCGGCGCACCAGCCAACAGCCGCGGGUGGUGAGGGCUUGUGCGGCUGUCAGAAUGGCGGAGGAGCAGGAGUUCACCCAGCUGUGCAAGUUGCCCUCGCAGCCCUCCCACUCACACUGCAUCAACAACACAUACCGCAGCGCACAGCACUCCCAGGCCCUGCUCCGGGGGCUGCUGGCUCUUCGGGACAGUGGGAUCCUCUUCGAUGUUGUUCUGGUGGUGGAGGGGAGACACAUUGAGGCCCAUCGCAUCCUGCUGGCUGCAUCCUGUGAUUACUUCAGAGGAAUGUUUGCUGGGGGAUUGAAGGAGAUGGAGCAGGAAGAGGUCCUGAUCCACGGCGUGUCCUACAAUGCCAUGUGCCAAAUCCUGCAUUUCAUAUACACCUCCGAACUAGAGCUCAGCCUGAGCAAUGUGCAGGAGACACUGGUUGCCGCCUGCCAGCUUCAGAUCCCAGAAAUUAUCCAUUUCUGCUGUGAUUUCCUCAUGUCCUGGGUGGACGAGGAGAACAUCCUCGACGUCUACCGACUGGCAGAGCUGUUUGACUUGAACCGCCUAACUGAGCAGCUGGACACCUACAUCCUUAAAAACUUUGUGGCCUUCUCACGGACUGACAAAUACCGCCAGCUUCCCCUGGAGAAGGUCUACUCCCUCCUUAGCAGCAAUCGCCUAGAAGUCUCCUGUGAGACUGAGGUGUAUGAGGGGGCCCUGCUCUACCAUUACACCCUUGAGCAGGUGCAGGCUGAUGAGAUCUCAUUGCACGAGCCCCCCAAGCUCCUUGAGACAGUGCGGUUUCCCUUGAUGGAAGCUGAGGUCCUCCAGCGGCUGCACGACAAGCUGGACCCUAGCCCACUGAGGGACACGGUGGCCAGCGCCCUCAUGUACCAUCGGAAUGAGAGCCUGCAGCCCAGCCUGCAGGGUCCGCAGACAGAGCUGCGGUCAGACUUCCAGUGUGUUGUGGGCUUUGGGGGCAUUCACUCCACACCAUCCACUGUCCUCAGCGACCAAGCCAAGUACCUGAACCCCCUGCUGGGAGAGUGGAAGCACUUCACUGCCUCUCUGGCCCCCCGCAUGUCCAACCAGGGUAUCGCCGUGCUCAACAACUUUGUGUACUUGAUUGGAGGGGACAACAAUGUCCAAGGAUUCCGAGCUGAGUCCCGUUGCUGGAGGUAUGACCCGCGGCACAACCGCUGGUUCCAGAUCCAGUCCUUGCAGCAGGAGCAUGCCGACCUGUGCGUGUGUGUUGUGGGCAGGUACAUCUACGCUGUGGCAGGCCGUGACUACCACAACGACCUGAAUGCUGUGGAGCGCUAUGACCCCACUUCCAACUCCUGGGCCUAUGUAGCCCCGCUCAAGAGGGAGGUAUACGCCCACGCAGGCGCAACGCUGGAGGGGAAGAUGUACAUUACCUGUGGCCGCAGAGGGGAGGACUACCUGAAGGAAACACACUGCUACGACCCAGGCAGCAACACCUGGCACACCCUGGCUGAUGGGCCCGUGCGGCGUGCCUGGCAUGGCAUGGCCACUCUCUUGGACAAGCUGUAUGUGAUCGGGGGCAGCAACAAUGAUGCCGGCUACAGGAGGGAUGUGCACCAGGUGGCCUGCUACAGCUGCACGUCUGGGCAGUGGUCAUCUGUCUGCCCGCUCCCAGCGGGGCAUGGCGAGCCUGGCAUUGCUGUGCUGGACAACAGGAUCUACGUGCUGGGUGGCCGCUCUCACAAUCGCGGCAGCCGUAUAGGCUAUGUGCACAUCUAUGACAUGGAGAAGGACUGCUGGGAGGAGGGUCCCCAGCUGGACAACUCCAUCUCGGGCCUGGCUGCCUGUGUGCUCACCCUUCCCCGUUCACUGCUCCUCGAGCCACCCCGUGGGACCCCCGACCGCAGCCAGGCCGACCCGGACUUCGCUUCCGAGGUGAUGAGUGUGUCUGACUGGGAGGAGUUUGACAACUCUAGUGAGGACUAGAGCUCCCGUUGCCUGGUGUCAGACCGAAGGGUGGCAGGAGCUCCAAGGACAGUGAGGCCAUGGCGGCCUGGGCCAUGGCACUUUACUCCAGGGUGUGGGGGUCUGUCCCCCGGCACCCAUGGCUCACCAGCUCCUGCCACCCUUCUUUCACAUCAGCCCCUUGCCAGCCUGCCGCGGGUGCUUGAGGGGCUUGUGCAGAUGCUGUGGAUUAUGUUACAAUGGGAAACGCUCCUGAAAGGCUUCAGUCCCCCUCAGUGAGCCCUGGAGGGCUUGUGUCACCAGCUGUCCUGGCCUACUCCCUCCCUCCUCAGGUCUGGUCCCUGCUCUGCCAAGAAGUUUUGUUCUCCAAAGGGAGGACCUGAGAACUGGCAGUCUGGGCAAAGGAGGCCAAGGCACAUAGCACCACUCUUUCCAUGAACAGGCUGGGGCUGGCUGAGCAGCCCCGAGCCCACCGUCUGCCCAGUAGCCAGGGGUUAGGGAUUGAGAGCUCCCAAGGGGCAGAGAGGGCAGAGAUACAUAAGGUUGCCUGGGACUGGUUCUGGUGAUAAAACAAUAUCCCUUACACUGGGUUUUUCUGACCCCAUGUUGUUAAUAAAUGAAAUAAAGCAUCUUACAAAAAGUGUUAACUGUU